UGCGACCUAGCCUCGGAAUCCUGCGAGAACUGCAAUGUGUAGAGUCCACGGACAUUAUCAUAUCUGGAGGCUUCUACUGGUAUACAGUGGGGCCUCACGCACAUGCAUCAGAAGGACUAUUCACCCUGCCAUCCGGUUACACGGUAAUACCGUGUUUGCGCCGAACCGAAAUGGCGAGAAUGCCCUCAAACUCCAAAUCUAACCCUUGUAGUCGGGAGACGGAUACCUAUUGUGUCGUCUCAUUCGAAUUCCUCUGAUGCAACAGGUUCAGAAGCGCGGGGAGCAUGGUCCAUCGGAAUCCUGACGAUGCCCUAUAAAAGAGAUCGCAUUUUUCGACCACAAUGCUUUGGCCAAGUCGCUCUCAGGCGCAUUCCUCCCAGUAAUCAAUCACCUAUGGUUCAAACCGCUCCAUAUGGGACGUGGACGUCCCCUAUCACACCGGAGACUGUUGCCACUAGCAGCAUCGUAUUCGAUGAUGUACUAGUCGACCCCAUUACAUCGGUUGUGUACCACAUCGAAGAGCGCCCCGAUGAAGAUGGUCGAUCUGUAAUCGUCAAUACGGCCGAGGGCCGGGACGUGAUUCCCUCUGACUUCAACGCAGCUGAUGCCGUGAAUGAGUAUGGUGGAGCUGCAGCCGUCGUGUAUGGAGGCAUCGCCUAUUUCUCGAAUUUAACAGACGGCAGAGUGUAUUCAGUCAAAGACGAAGAAGGUAGUGAACCCAGCCCGGUCUCACCUGAGGAUCCCAACCAACAAUAUCGCUAUGCUAACUUUGCCGUGCAUCCUGUUCAAACUAAUUUGAUCGCAUCUAUCCUCGAAUAUCAUCCUGACGACAACCCCCAGAACGUUGAAACCACUUUGUGUGUCCUUGAUGCUACGACUGCCGAACGCACAGGCCUUGUGGAAGGCGCAGAUUUCUACGCUGCUCCAGUCUUCAACCCGUCCGGUACUAAGAUUGCCUGGCAGGAGUGGUACCAGCCAGACAUGCCCUUCGAAGGAGGCUUAGUCUAUGUCGCAGAUGUCUCAAUCGAAGAUGGUGCCAUUGUUCUCUCUAACAAGACGUACGUCGCCGGGGAAAAGCUUGAGAUCUCCGCAGGAUACCCCCUUUGGAUCUCUGACACUGCGCUACUCUAUACUUCCGACUAUACUCCUGGCUCGUCCCUUCGUUUCCAGAACCCGUUCAUCUAUUCCACUGACACCGGAUCCUCUCGAGCUGCUCUUGCAACUCCGAUCGCACAGGAUUUCGCUGAGCCUGCUUGGUACUUUGGGCUUUAUCCUUACGCUCUGCUGGGAGACGGCAGUUACGGGGCAUUCACUGCCUUCCAGGACGGACGCAAUAUCCUAUAUGUUCUUGAUCUCACCAAAUCUUCUGAUCCGGUGCAAAUAGUUGAUUUCCCAUUCGUGGUGGCGCAACAUCUGAAGCAGGAGGGUCCUGAUGCUACAACGUUUGUUUUCACAGCUAGCUUGAACGAUCAACCUGGUGGCGUGCUUCAAUGUUCGCUCGGAGCCGCACCUUCGUUUGUCCCGACUUACGUGUACUUGAAAAGCAGCUCUGCGCAGCCGGUGGAUGACUCGUACAUUUCAAUCCCCCAACCCCUUACAUUGUACAACGAUGGUGAUCCUAACCCAAUAUAUGCCAUCCUGUACCUCCCGAAGAAUCCUGACUUCGAAGGACCAACUGCCGAGAAGCCACCCUGCAUCACGGGUGUGCAUGGAGGCCCAACUUCCAUGUCGACGCAGGCAAUGGACUUGAAAAAGUUGUAUUUCACUAGCCGUGGAUUUGCUUGGUUGGAUGUGAACUAUCGUGGAUCAUCGGGAUACGGCCGAAACUAUAUCGAGCUCCUCGCUGGUAAUUGGGGUAUCCUGGAUAAUCAGGAUUGUGAAGAUGCGGUGACGAUGGUCGAUGAACAGCAGGGCUUGGUUGACAGCAAGCGUGCUGCAGUCCGAGGGGGCUCCGCUGGCGGGUUCACCACGCUUUGUUCGACUACCACAGCCAGCAACAACACGUACUACAAGGCCGCGACAUCUGCCUAUGGUGGCAUAUCAGACCUUAAGCUUUUGGCUGAGAAAACGGAGAAGUUCGAGUUGCAGUACAUGUACAAGCUCUUGGGCGGUUCUCCGGAUGAAAUCCCGGACGUGUACACGGCACGCAGCCCAUACUACAACGUUCUCGAUUCAUCUGGUCAGCCUCAGAUGACUAUUCCACUUCUCAUGCUACAAGGAAAGGAGGAUCCUAUAGUUCCAGAAGAGCAAGCCAUCAUAUUCUUGGCCAAGAUCAAAGUGGAAGCACCAGACGAGAAGCUUUCUUACCAUUUCUACGAUGGCGAGGGUCACGGCUGGAAGCAGGCGAGCACAAUCGAAGACGCAUUGAAACGUGAACACAGGUGGUAUAUGGAGAACCUACUGCUCUAAAGGUUGGUAUGCUGGUGUCGGGGAGUGUACGAUAUUUGACCGUAGUCGAUUGCUUGAGAAAUGUCUUAACAGAUGUGCCACUGCCAGCGACUUGGGAGUGGAAGCUCCAUCGCUAUGUACCACAAAAUGAUCCCUUUCGCAGAACAUGAAGUAGAUUUCUACGAUCUAUUUUCACAUCUUGUCAGAACACCGAUGGAUCUUCAC